CCCCGCCCCGCGGCCCGCGCGCGCCGGCGUCGGCUGCGUCUCGGGGCAUUUGAAUCGCGCUUCCGCCAUCUUCCCAGCCCUCAGUCAGACGGGCCCGGAGACGCUUCUGGAAGCUCGGCAUGGCCGCCCAAGGAGAACCGCAAGUGCAGUUCAAACUGGUGCUGGUGGGCGACGGCGGCACGGGCAAGACCACCUUCGUGAAGCGCCACCUGACGGGCGAGUUCGAGAAGAAGUAUGUCGCCACCCUGGGCGUCGAGGUGCACCCGCUCGUCUUCCACACCAACCGCGGCCCCAUCAAGUUCAACGUGUGGGACACGGCCGGCCAGGAGAAGUUCGGCGGCCUGCGGGACGGCUACUACAUCCAAGCCCAGUGUGCCAUUAUAAUGUUUGAUGUAACAUCAAGAGUUACUUAUAAGAAUGUGCCUAACUGGCAUAGAGAUCUCGUUCGAGUAUGUGAAAAUAUCCCCAUCGUGUUGUGUGGCAACAAAGUGGAUAUCAAGGACAGGAAAGUGAAGGCAAAAUCUAUUGUCUUCCACCGAAAGAAGAAUCUUCAGUACUAUGACAUUUCUGCCAAAAGUAACUACAACUUUGAAAAGCCCUUCCUCUGGCUUGCUAGAAAAUUAAUCGGAGAUCCAAACUUAGAGUUUGUUGCCAUGCCUGCUCUCGCUCCCCCAGAGGUGGUCAUGGACCCAGCCUUGGCAGCACAGUAUGAGCACGAUUUAGAGGUUGCUCAGACAACUGCUCUCCCGGAUGAGGAUGAUGACCUGUGAGGAGAUGAAGCUGGAGCCCAGCGUCAGAAGUCUAGUUUUAUAGGCAACUGUCCUGUGAUGUCAGUGGUGCAGCGUGUUUGCCACUUUAUUAUAUAGCUAAAACAGAACAUGUGCUUCAUCUUUGGGAUGCUGAAAGAGAUGAAUGGGCUUCGAGUGAAUGUGGCAGUUUAAAAAAAAACCUUUUUUUUUUUUUUUGGACCGCAUAUUUAGCUGUUUUGGAACUGCAGUUGUCUCCUUUGAGUUUCAGAUCUAAGACUGCUGCAAUCACAUCACAAUACUCAGUGGUGAAAUCUUGUUUGUUACUGUCAUUCCCAUUCCUUUUCGUUUAGAAUCAGAAUAAAGUUGUAUUUCAAAUAUCUAA